UUGCUGAGUAAGGCUUUCUUUUUGCUUUUUGACUUGAUUUAAUUUGGAUUUGAAUGUGUUCCUAGUAUAACAAUUUUGAGUGAUUGUGACUAUCUGGGUUUGAGUUACACAAGCAAAAACUAUCUUAUGAUAUCAUCGAUUGUCUAUCUAAUAUUCAGUACUAGCUAAAACUAGUAUUGUUGCAAGACGAUUUUCAUCACAGUUUCUCUCUUAGCUAACUUCAGACGAGGAUGUAAAGCUCCCAUCCUUACAAUUUGGGUCUUUAAAAGCACUAGUCAGUGGAGUUUAUAAUUGGAUCGACGCGAUUACAGGUUGGAUUCAAAUUAAAUCCUCCGUAAAACUAGAAUCGUCAUCUCUCAUAAAUUCUGGCAUUUUAUGGAUUCAACAUCUAGAGUUGAAGAAUCCGACCCAAACAUUGUCGGUAGCAGUGAAGGAGGAGGAGAAGGUACAUCAUCAGCAAGGGCCGCCAUAGAGGGUGGACGGUCAACAACAACGGCGUCUACAGCACCACCAAGCCGUUACGAGUCACAAAAACGUCGAGAUUGGAACACUUUCUUACAGUAUUUAAAGAACCACAAGCCGCCGUUAACCCUAGCUCGUUGCAGCGGAGCUCACGUGAUCGAGUUCCUUAAGUACCUCGAUCAAUUCGGGAAAACAAAAGUACACGUGACCGGAUGCCCGUAUUUCGGGCACCCGAAUCCACCAGCACCUUGUGCGUGUCCAUUGAAACAGGCUUGGGGUAGCCUUGAUGCACUAAUUGGUAGGCUAAGAGCUGCUUAUGAAGAAAAUGGGGGAAAACCUGAAUCAAAUCCAUUUGGUGCUAAAGCUGUUAGAAUAUAUUUAAGGGAAGUUAGAGAAAGUCAAGCAAAAGCAAGAGGAAUUCCUUAUGAAAAGAAGAAACGCAAACGGCCGAGUACAUCAAGUUCGGUAACGACAGUUGACAGCGGUGUUAUCGCAGUAGGAGGAGGAGGUAGUGGUGGCGGAAAUGCCAGUGGUGGUGGUGGUGAUGGAAGUGGUGGCGAUGGUGCUAUUGGUCAGCCACCUACUGCUCCUAAUACAACAGUAUAGUAUAAAAUAUACUUAUUAUUUUUCCAGGAUUCAUUUUCGAUUCUUAGUUUAGUUAGUAAUUGUGAAUUACCUAAACCUAAUGUGACGCAAAUUCAAAUUUAACUGAUCACAUUUGUUUGAGAUAUUUUUAGUGACAGUUGAAUUAUCACUCAUGA